AUGGGCAACACCCCAGGCACUUCAAAAAGGCGUUCCUCAAUUGAGGAUGAUUAUACAGGUGGUGCCGGAAUUAUGGGAAAUCCUUAUUAUCCACCAAAACGAAAGUUUAUUCUCCAAGCAUCUCAAGCUGUAAAUGAUGACGACCCUGUAGUAAGUAUUUUAACGGAAGGCCACACGAUUGAGGCGAUUGCGAAUCAAUUAAGGAAUUCUCGUAUCCAAGAUGGGCCAGAUCGACCAUGUGUUUUCAUGGACGUCGUUGGUAGUCCUGAAUCUUCUGGUGACACUCUUGACGAAACACCGGCUCACACAACUCUCCCGACCGUUUUCAAAUGGGAAGGAGGUGGAAAGGAAGUGUACAUUAGUGGAACUUUUAAUGGUUGGAAAUCUAAAAUCCCUAUGGUUAAAAGUAAACAGAACUUCUAUACAAUUAUUGAUCUUCCAGAAGGAGAACAUCAAUACAAAUUCAUCGUCGAUGGUCAUUGGAAACUUAAUAAAAAUCAAGUGAGUUUCAUUUAA